AUGCUUGGCUGGCUGCGCCGCCCGAGGACGCCCGCGACACACGUCCAGGGAAUCCCCAGAAAUCCCAGGGAGUCCUUUGGCAUCCCCGGGAUGCCCCGAAAUCCUUGGGAAACGGGGGGCCUGGGCCUCGAAGACCUUGCAGCCCCGAGCCUCUCAGGGCUGCAUGAGCCGUGGGGCACUCCACUGCGUGCCGAAGGCACGGUCUCCGUGCGGGCCCCUGCCUGGGGGCCCCCUGCUGCUCGCCGCCGAGGCAUGGGCUUCGGCGGGAGCGCCCCGAAGAUGCUGAAGACGGGCUCGGACAGCCCGCUGGUGCAGAAGAUCAAGGCCUACCAGAGGAUGGGCCAGGCGCAGAAGGAGGCCUGGCACACGUACUGCGACAUGAACCUGGGCGGCAGCCGCGACCCCUCGCGCCACGACGAGGCCACGCUGCAGGCCUUCAUCUCGCAGUACGGGGUGCCCUGA